GGAGGAGGAGGGGGGGAUGCUGAUCAAUAUGAUGCCGGGGAAGCUGUACCUUAUCAAUACCUACAGCGGGAUAUAAGGAGUUGCAAAGAUGACUGAGGGCCGACUGUGCCAAGUGCAGUUGCUGGAUAACAGGAAGCUCGAGCUGCUGGUUCAGCCGAAGCUGCUGUCGUACGAACUCCUCGACUUGGUGUCCUCCCACUUCAACCUCAAAGAGAAGGAAUUCUUUGGACUCUCGUUUUUCGAUGACAAUGGUCAGUGUAAGUGGUUGCAGAUGGACCGCAGAGUUCUUGAGCACGACUUUUCGAAGAAGGCUGGGUCCAUUGCCCUCAACUUCCUGGUCAGGUUUUAUGUCGAAAACAUAACGCAGCUUAAGGACAUCAUAACAGUGGAGUUAUUCUACCUGAAUGCAAAAUCUGCCGUCUACAAUGGGAUUAUCGAAGUGGAAAGUGAGAACGUCUUCAAAUUAGCUGCAAACGCUUUGCAGGAGGCUAAAGGAGAUUACACAAGUGAUGAAAACACUCGAGCUGAGUUGAAGAAACUACCAACUCUCCCCACCAAAGUGCUCAAGGAACACCCAUCUCUUGCAUACUGUGAGGAUCGAGUAAUUGAAUAUUAUAAGCAGCUGAAAGGUGUUUCCCGAGGACAGGCCAUUGUUCAGUAUUUGACAUUAGUGGAAACACUGCCAACGUAUGGCGUGCAUUAUUAUGAAGUUAAGGAUAAACAAGGGAUCCCGUGGUGGCUUGGAAUCAGCUACAAGGGCAUUGGCCAGUACGAUCUGCAGGAUAAAUUAAAACCUCGAAAGCUUUACCAGUGGAAGCAACUGGAAAACUUGUACUUCCGGGAGAAAAAGUUUGCAGUAGAAGUUAAUGAUCCACACAGGAGAGCGGUAACCAAACGCACAUUUGGACAGACAGGCCUUCUCAUCCACACGUGGUAUGCCAGUCAUUCUUUGAUCAAGACCAUUUGGGUCAUGGCUAUCAGCCAGCACCAGUUCUACUUGGACAGAAAGCAAAGCAAAGUUAAACUAGGAACAGCAAGAAGUUUAGAGGAAAUUGCCAUGGAUCUCACAGAGCACGGAGGGGCGAAAAUAAACAGACUGGGAGAUGUAGGCCUCAAGAAUAACUUCAUAACAGCGAGCAACGGGAGCCUGGUGUCUACAGGUUCUGCAGACUCUGAAAUGAGCGAGGAACAGAAGAAAGAAAAACUGUCAGAGCUGAGAAAAAAGGAACAGGAGAUCCAAGAUAUUUUGGCCAAGAAAACAAAAGAGCUGAAGAAGAUCUGUCUGAGAGAGGCGGAGCUUACUGGCAAGCUGCCAAAAGAGUAUCCCCUCUCUUCAGGUGAACGACCACCACAGGUCAGACGGAGAGUUGGCACUGCUUUCAAGUUAGACGACCUUUUUCCCUACAAUGAGGAUCCCUUCCUGCGAAACCUGGAGAGCAGAUUUGCCCUUCAGCAAAAGAUUGUGGAGGCGGCUAAGAAGCUCGCAAAUGAGCCAGAACUGUGCAAAACAGUGAAAAAGAAGAGGAGGAGAAACUGUUUGGAUGCCAUGCACAAACUCCAGCAGAUAGAGGACGAGAUGAACCAGUACAGAAUCAAGAAGGGGAAAAAGCCCACACAGCGGGCCUCAGUGAUCAUUGCUGACGAACUCAUUCGCUCAGACUGUAGCUCUCUGUCUAGUCUCCCACUGGAUGACGAUGAUUCAGACAGUGCAGGUCAAAGGCCACGGUCACGGUCGGUCCAGGGCUCCCCUCAGCUCAGUCCGAUGCGAUCGCUGGAUGCAGAAUACGAUGUGGCGCGACAAGGAUCUCCGCGGGAAAACCACCACAACAAGAACCACAGCAGAUUAGCUUUUGAUGGCCAGGAGGCUUCCCAUUACUACCAGAAUCCAAGAGAGGUGUCCUCCACCCACAGUAGUCCCUAUAAAACCCUUCCCAGACCUCCUAGAGAUCCACGCAGCAUGCCUCCCACCCCGGUUAUGACCCGCAAUGCCUACAGCAGCAGCCAGCUCAGGUCGGAGGGCUCUUCUCAUUGCUUCAGGCAUCGCAGUGGAAGUCUGGAGUCUCAGCCCCGACUAAGAAAAGACACAGACUCAGAGAAGCCUGUCUUUAUCUUGUCACCAGCCCAUCGCAGCAACAGCACAGAGGUGUUAGAGGAUUGCUCCUCCUACACCAGCCAGUCCAGCCUGGACUACUGCGGGGCAGCCAACUCCCACUACAGUACAUUGGACUCCCGUACCUCAACCAUGCAUCGCCUUCACAGGAAAGUGGAAGUGUAUGGUAAUACAGGCAGCAUGCCCAACCUGGUCCAGCACCAUUCUGGUUGUAGUUACUCAUGUGAGACCCCAACACACUAUGCACCCAGUGCCUACUACGUCGCCGGCUACCCCUGUCCGGACAUGGAGCCUUACGCUAACGGUGCCUACGUGUACGAGAACGACGUCGAGGGCCACUACAACGUCAACCCGUCCUACCAAAUGAAUGGGUAUCAUGCUCAUGACAGGUUCAGGCAUUACAGCAGUGACGGGGCAGAUAGUCUUUCUCAGAACCCCUACGCUACGGUGAGGCCGCCGAGGACCAGAGAGGGGCCCAGAAACGAGCUGUUGGCCAAGAACAUGCAGAAGGCCCUGGUGGCGGAACACCUGAGAGGCUGGUACCAUCGGAGCCGAGGCCACAGGGACGGAGGAAGGGGGAUGCUGGCCGGGUAUGAUUUCGACAGCGGCUCUCAGCUCAGCCUGGGCUACCAAACCAUGCCAGCGGCCUUCAGCCACUCUAGUCGAACCACCUCUUUCUCCUCAGUGUCCUCUGCAGAGAGCACAGGGAACUGGCGCAACCAGCUGGCAGUCGGCCUGACUGAGUUUGAUACAGCCGACACACCUCAGUACCCUCAUCCUGGAGCUCCAGCAUCUCUGUUCAAUCGCAGUCCCACACACAGCAGAUUUCACCUGGACGGAGGCUACAUGAGCAUCCACUGAAGAGGACCAAACCAAACUUUGGCACAAAUAAAGCCAUGGCCAGCAGCACAUGAAGGGAAUGAAGUUGAAACACAGGCUGUACACAGACUAUUUGACUGCCAUAACACCGUCUUUGGAGAUAUUCUGUCCUGCAGGUUUUGGCAGAAAGGUGUACACUGUCCUCAUGUUAAAGUAACACAGUGAUGACACUCUUGAAUGACUUUCCCAUGUGCCUUGGAUUGGAUGAAUUGUACAGGCAGAUGAGAAUGUGUCAAGAAACUUUAAGAUGUUGCACAACCACAGUGGAUUCAAACCCGAUUGUGUAUUAAAUAUAACAAACAAACAAAAAAAAGAAGAGGCAACAUGUGUUUUUACUGAAUCCAACUCCAUGUAUUUCAACAGGAACUAGUUACUGCCUUAUACAAAACAGUAGGUUAUAGAAUUAAAAAAAAAAAAAACAUCACCACUCUCAUCUCAGUACAGUAUGGUAAAAAAAAAAAAAAAAAAAGUCUUAAAUAUAACAUCUGAAUGUUCACAAAUGUGACAUGACAAGAGCUGAUUUGAUCAUCAUUAGAGCAGGCUGUGUAUUUGAUGAAUUCCCAUUUCUUCAUUCCUUUCAACUUUGAAUCAGAAUGUAUUAUGUCCAUAUUGUUUAUAGAGCCAUUUGUCUUUGUUGGUGCCGUAAUGUGUUUUAAAAAUGCAUGGUGAGAAAAAUUCUUUUGAUAACAAUUUCAGUCUUUUUUUUUAAAUAUUAACAGAAGACCACUGCCAUAAAAAAACCAUAUCCACAUCCUGUUGUUUGUUUUCUCACAUAUUUGUACAGUCAGUGUGUAGUUAUAUGUUGUUAGAUGUUGUCAUAAAAUAUUUUCCACUGGGAACGAGGAGGUGAAUAAAUAUAAGUGUGACACAUA